AUGGGGCACAUUGUGUUGUGGAAGGCUGUAGAGCGGCUUAACGAGGCCCUCAAGCUGGACCCCAGCCGCACCGAGGCCCAGUGGUGCAUCGGCAACGCCCACACCUCUCUGGGCUUCCUGCAGCAGACCAAGGCCGCGGCCCUGGAGCAGUUCAACCUGGCUAAGCAGGUCUUCCAGGCCUGCAAGGACAAGGAGCCCAACAACGAGUCGUACCGCAAGGCGCUUGAGAUGUGUGAGAAGGCGCCGGAAUACUACGAUGAGAUCCAGUCGCAGAUCCAGCAGGCGCAGGCCCAGGCGGGCGCCGCCGGAGGCCGUGGCGGCAAGCGCGGCAGCGGCGCCGGCGGCAGCGGCGCCAAGGACCCCCUGGGGAUCAGCGACUUCUGGUGGGACGCCGCCGGCUGGGUGGCGCUGUUUGCGGCAAUCGGUGGGAUCGCGCUGAUGGCCAGGGGCGGCGCGCCCGGCGGCGCACCGCCCGCUGCGGCGUGA